AGGGAGUCCAUCGCAUCAUUGAUUACGUAUGAAGCUGUGUCUUUAAACCGGUGGGUCAGUGGCCCUUAAUUGACAAGUGGAUUCGGUUUUUCAGUGCCGUUCUGCGGGGUGGUGUCGACACGAGUCAAGACCUGCAGCCAUUUUACUCUCACAGAUGUGAAAUAUUACAGUGAUGAUACCCGCGAACCAAAUCCAUCUGUGAGCGGAGCGUCCGCACCCGCGUAUCCAGCAGGUUCUGUUAAAAUGGUCAAAAGAAAGAGCUUGGAUGACAGUGACCAGGAGAACUGCCGAGGGGUCCCGUUUCCGAUCCAAACCUUCCUAUGGAGGCAGACCAGCGCGUUUUUACGGCCAAAGUUAGGGAAGCAGUAUGAAGCCUCCUGCGUGUCAUUUGAGAGGGUACUGGUGGAGAAUAAACUGCACGGGCUCUCUCCAGCUCUCACCGAGGCCAUCCAGAGCAUCUCCCGCUGGGAGCUGGUCCAGGCUGCUCUGCCUCAUGUUCUCCACUGCACUGCUAUCCUUCUCUCCAACCGCAACAAACUGGGGCACCAGGAUAAACUUGGUGUAGCUGAAACGAAACUCCUUCACACACUGCAUUGGAUGCUGCUGGAGGCGGCCCAGGAGUGCCAUCAGGAGCCUGGCCUGGGACACGGCUGGUCUGGGGGCAGCAGCGUCUAUCUUCAGUCCAUAGGGAACCAGGGUCUCACAGACCACAAUGACAGCACCACUGAAGAGAACGAGUAUGCCCGUGCCAAACUGUACCACAAGAACAUGGCCACCGUGGAGCUGUUUGUGUUUCUCUUCGCUCCACUCAUUAAUCGGAUCAAGGAGUCUGACCUCACCUUUCGACUGGCUGGUGGGCUUGUUAUUUGGCAACCGAUGUGGGAGCACCGUCAACCUGACGUUCCUGCUUUUACUGCUCUUAUCAAACCCAUGCGCAACAUCGUAACAGCAAAAAGAAACUCUCCAGUGAACAACCAGUGUAGUCCUCGCGAUACCGGCAACCUGUGCCCAGCGGUGGUGUGUGAACCAGCCCAGCCUGAUUCCUCCUCCCCCUCAGUGACAGAACAGAGCUGUCGUCGUGGCAACUCUGUGGAUAAGGGAGGGUCCUCACAGCAGGCUUUCGAGAAAGGAUUUUCAAAGCAGAGGAACUUCUCAGUUCCCAGUGGUAUCUCUGUGUCACAGCGAGCGAGAUAUGCCACGUACUUUGACGUCGCAGUGCUGCGUUGUUUGAUGCAGCCACACUGGACAGAAGAAGGUGUCCACUGGGCCCUCAUAUUCUACCUGCAGCGGUUGCGUCAGAUACUGCAGGAGAAACCCGAACGUCCUCCCGAGCCCCUCAUACCCCCCCUACCGCGACCCCGCAGUAGCUCCAUGGUGGCCGCUACCCCCUCCUUGGUCAAUACUCACAAAACGCAGGAUAUGACUGCGAAAUGUAAUGAGGAAGGCAGGUCUUUGAGUUCUGAGACCUUCUCCAAAGUGUCAGUUUCCAACCUCAGGAGACAAGCGGUCCCUGACCUCUCAACUGAGAUGGGCAUGAACAUAUUCAAAAAGUUUAAGAACCGUAGGGAAGAUAGAGAGAGAAAAGGCUCCAUCCCGUUCCACUACACGGGGAAGAAACGUCAGCGGCGAAUGGGCGUACCCUUCCUGAUGCAUGAGGACCACCUGGAUGUCUCACCCACACGUAGCACCUUCUCCUUUGGAAGCUUCUCUGGACUGGGAGAUGACCGCCGCACACUGGACCGUGGGGGCUGGCCUUCAACCAUCAUGGGGAAGUUAACACGGCGUGGAAGCACAGACACUGCAGGAGAUGGGGACAGUCUCGGAGCAAAACAUUUUCACUCCCACCACAACCUCCCUGAACACUCUAACAGCCACAGUGAAAAUACCAUUAAAGAGGGCGUUCGUUCGCAGAUCUCCACCAUCACCAUGGCUACAUUUAACACCACUGUGGCUUCCUUCAAUGUAGGCUACACUGAUUUCUUCACGGAGCACAUUAAGAAACUGUGUAAUCCCAUUCCCAUCCCUGAGAUGCCCUGUGAACCGCUGGCAUGCUCCAAUCUUCCACGCAGUCUGACGGACUCCUGCAUCAACUACUCAUCCCUGGAGGAACGAGACACCAUUGAGGGCACCAACAACUUCAUUCUGAAGAAUGGCACGCUGGACCUCGCGGCUGUCCUACGGGCCCUGUAUUCUGUACUCACCCAUGACAUCAGUUCACGGAUUUGCGACGUGGCCCUGAACAUCAUUGAAUGCCUGCUGCAGUUGGGUGUCGUGCCCAGCGUGGCUAAGAAAACCUCCAAACCUGAGGACAAGGAGCCAGAGCAUCCAAAAGAGGGAGCCAGUCAGAGUGGAGCUCAGGGGGAGGCGGCCGGAAUCUCUGUGGCAGCAUCUAGUGGAGGUGGUGGUGGAGGUGAUGGAGGCGGAGGAGGAGGUGGGGAGAGUCGCGGAGGUAGUAGAGAUGAUAUAAAGAAGGACAACAAGGAUGGAGACACGUCCCUCUGCUCCCACAGACUGGCUCUCACCAUGCUUAUUAAGAUUGUUAAAUCGCUGGGUUGUGCGUAUGGCUGUGGUGAAGGCCAUCGUGGACUCUCUGGAGACCGUCUGCGAAUGCAGGCUCAGAACUGCUUGACUGCUCUUUACAAACUGGAUAAAGUGCAGUUCCGGCAAACCAUGAAAGAAUACGUUAACAAGGACUCGCUCAACAACAUUGUGGAUUUCCUGCAUGCUCUACUCGGCUUCUGCAUGGAGCCGAUCACUGACAAAUACGGCAGUGCAGGUGAGAGGUCCAGGAGGGCGAAUAAAAGAAACAUCGAUAAGGCUGGUUUUGGGAACAACUUCACCACAGGAGGGGAUAAAUCUCUGGCCCAGAAUAUGGAGACUGUGGUGGUGGGCUGUAUGUUCAAGUCUCUCAUCACCAGAUGCGCGUCCACUACGCAUGAGCUUCACAGUUCUGAGAAUUUGGGUCUGUAUUGCGACAUACGUCAACUGGUUCAGUUCAUAAAGGAGUCUCAUGGAAAUGUUUUCCGUCGCGUUGCACUCAGCGCCCUCUUGGACAGCGCUGAAAAACUCAACACCACUAAAAAACCAGAGGACGAGGCCAAGGCUUCAGGAAAAAACGAAGAGCAGAUCCCAGGUGCACUUUUAGGACGGAAAGAUUUUUGGAGAAAGAUGUUCAAGUCUCAGAGUGCUGCCAGUGAUACCAGUAGCCAAUCAGAACAGGACACAUCAGAGUGCACCACUGCCCACUCCGGUACCACCACAGACCGACGUUCACGAUCUCGCUCGAGACGGAUCUCACUGCGCAAGAAGCUGAAACUGCCCAUAGGUAACUGGCUGAAGCGCUCGUCUCUUUCUGGCCUGGCUGAUGGGGUGGAGGACCUGCUGGACAUCAGCUCUGUAGACAGGCUGUCCUUUAUCAGACAGAGCUCGAAGGUCAAGUUCACCAGUGCCGUGAAGCUGUCGGAGGGUAGCGCCAUUGAGUACGGGCGAGAGGAAGAGGAGAAUUUCUUCAAGCGGCUUGGUAAAUGGAGGUCUGGUCGGAGGAACCCUUCCAAGCUUCACCACACAGAGGAAAAAGAUGGUUGCCAUGGAUUCCAGGAGCGCUUGGCAGCCAGUCAGGAGGCCAUUAAGAAUAAGAACAUCGUGAAUCUGGGUGCGAUCCGACAGGGAAUGAAGAGGUUUCAGUUCCUGUUGAACUGCUGUGAGCCGGGAACUAUACCAGAUGCUUCAAUUUUAGCUGCUGCAUUGGACCUGGAAGCCCCUGUGGUGGCAAGAGCCUCGCUUUUCCUGGAGUGUGCCCGUUUCGUGCAUCGCUGUAACCGUGGCAACUGGCCCGAGUGGAUGAAAGGUCACCAUGUGAACAUCACUAAAAGAGGGUUGUCCAGAGGGCGAUCACCUGUGGCAGGAAAUAAAAGGAACACCAAGCUCCAGUGGAACGCUGCCAAACAUUUUUACCAGUGGGGGGAUGCAAUAGGCACUCGUCUGAGUGAAAUUUGCCACUCUGACAGUGAGAGUCCAGCCAACAUCAUGGGUUUUAUCUACGAUGAAGAAAGCAAGAGGCGAGCGAGGAAGGAGGACGAGGAAGAGGAUUAUCUAGAUGAUAACACAGUCAACCCCACAAAGUGUGGCUGUCCCUUCGCUUUGAAGAUGGCUGCUUGUCAGUUACUUUUGGAGAUCACCACUUUCCUGCGAGAGACCUUUCCCUGUCUCCCGAGACCUCGAACUGAGCCCCUAGUGGAUUUAGAAAGCUGUCGUUUGCGUCUGGAUCCUGAGCUAGGCCGUCACCGCUACGAGAGGAAGAUCAGCUUUGCAGGAAUCUUGGAUGAUGAAGAUGGACACGAUUCUUUGAACAGCAGCAGUCACACUCUCAAGUCUGACACUGGCUGUGAGGAGAAGAAAUCCUCACAAGAGCCUCUGGCUCCGAUUAGGAAGAUUCGUAUUGGUGGCUCUCGGCUGCUACAGAUUAAAGGUGCAAGGAGUUUCCGGGUGAAGAAAGGAGGCUCACUGUCAUCCAUCCGCCGUGCCGGCAGUCUGAAAAGCACUAAGAUGUCCAGACAAGACUCUGAAUCUGAAAAUGACGUUGAGUCAGAACGGCUGCUCUCUCAGAGUAGAGACACUGUCACUGAUAUAGGGAGCCCUUGGAGUGCUAGCGAGCCAAGCAUUGAACCUGAGGGCACUGGCAGCACAGGGGGUGUUGAAGACAACUACCAUCGUAACAUGUCAUGGUUGCAUAUCAUGAUUCUGCUGUGCAACCAGCAGAGUUUCAUCUGCACUCAUGUGGAUUACUGUCACCCUCGUUGCUAUCAGCGCCACAGCCGUUCCUGUGCUCGGCUCGUUCGCGCUAUCAAACUUCUGUACGGUGAGACAGUAGACAGCCUGAAAGAGAGCGGCGCCACUAGCAGCAUCAGCGGCCGGGCUAAGAAGAGCAAAGAGUGUUCAGACAAAUCAUGCCUUCGGACCCCGUCCAUGAAAAGACGGCCCACCCCCAGCAAUGCUGAGGGGAAAAAAGACACUGGCAUGCUGAAGUACAUCCGUAACCAGGUGAUGAGCCUGUCUCCAGCCCCUCUCUCCUUGCUCAUAAAAGCGGCCCCUAUCCUGACUGAAGACAUGUAUGGAGACAUUCUGCCGGCAGCCUGGGAACUGCUGCUGAGUGUGGAUGAGCAUAUGGCUGCAGCUGCAGGUGCCAUGUUCCUACUGUGUGCCGUGAAGGUGCCGGAUGGAGUGACCGAGAUGAUGAUGGCUGAGUUUCAACACCAGGAAGCAGGUCAGAGGAUCAACUCCAUUCUAAAAUUCUACACUGUCUGGAGGUUUCGAUACCAGGUGUGGCCCCGUAUGGAGGAGGGAGCUCAACAAAUCUUCAAGAUUCCUCCACCCAGCAUUAAUUUUACACUGCCCUCUCCCAUCCUGGGCAUGCCAUGUGUGCCUAUAUUUGACCCUCCGUGGGUUCCUGUGAAUGCCAGCGGUGUUCCUGACGCAAUCAGUGAAGAUCAGUCCAAAUCAUUUUCGGCACGUGCAGUGUCUCGCUCUCACCAGCGGGCAGAGCACAUCCUGAAGAACAUGCAGCAGGAGGAAGAGAAGAGAAGGCUCGGUCGUGAGGCUAGCAUCAUCACGGCCAUCCCUAUCUCUCAAGAGGCCUGCUAUGAACCCACGUGUAGCCCACCGCCCGAGCAGGAGGAAGAGGAAGAUGUGAUGAACCUGACAUCACGUCGCCUCUCCGUCAGCCCAUCCUGUACAUCCAGUAACUCUCACAGAAACUACUCUUUCCGCAGAGGCUCUGUGUGGUCCAUGCGCUCUGUGGUCAGUGCUGAGGAUGACGAGAACACAACAGAGCUCACACCGACACAUCACAUGCUCCAGCCACCUCAGGCUGUUUUUCCACCAUGCAUCUGUGCUGCUGUGUUGCCCAUUGUGCACCUGAUGGAAGAUGGAGAUGUUCGCGAAGAUGGAGCUGCAGUAUGUGCUGUUGCUCAGCAGGUUUUGUGGAACUGCCUGAUUGAAGAUCCAGCGUUGGUUCUUAGACACUUUCUGGAGAAACUCACAGUCAGUAACAGACAGGACGAACUGAUGUACAUGUUGAGGAAACUGCUGCUUAAUAUUGGGGAUUUGCCUACGCAGACCUCUCACAUUCUUUUCAACUAUCUGGUGGGCUUGAUCAUGUACUUUGUAAGAACUCCCUGUGAGUGGGGUAUGGAUGCCAUAUCAGCCACCCUGACCUUCCUGUGGGAAAUUGUUGGUUUUGUGGAAGGACUCUUUUUCAAAGAUCUUAAACAGACUAUGAAGAAAGAACAGUGUGAAGUCAAGCUCCUGGUCACUGCAUCUAUGCCAGGAACCAAAACCCUGGUGGUUCACGGACAGAAUGAGUGUGACAUACCCACCCAGCUGCCAGUGCAUGAAGACACUCAAUUUGAAGCCCUUUUGAAGGAGUGUCUUGAGUUCUUCAAUAUACCAGAGGCUCGGUCUGACAACUAUUUUCUUAUGGAUAAACGUUGGAACCUUAUUCACUACGCCAAGACCUACGUGCGGGACAUCUACCCUUUCAGAAGAUCUGUGUCUCCUCAGCUCAACCUGGUUCACAUGCUUCCAGAAAAGGGGCAGGAGCUUAUUCAGAAACAGGUGUUCUCCAGAAAGUUGGAAGAGAUUGGUCGAGUUCUUUUCAUCAUCUCGCUCACUCAACGUAUGCCUGCCAUGCACAAACAAUCCCAUGUCUCCAUGCUCCAGGAAGACCUUCUGCGACUGCCGUCGUUUCCUCGCACUGCCAUCGAUGCCGAGUUCACCCUCUUCAAUGAGCCUCUAGGCAAAGAGCUCUUUGGCUUAGACACUUUACACAAAGUCCUCUGGAUCAAACUACUGGAGGAGAUGUUUCUGGGCAUGCCCAGUGAAUACCCCUGGGGUGAUGAGAUUAUGCUCUUUCUGAAUGUGUUCAACGGUGCUUUACUUCUGCACCCCGAGGACAGCGCCCUCCUCAGACAAUACAGCGCCACUGCCAUCAACACAGCUGUGCACUUUAACCACCUCUUCUCUCUCAGUGGCUACCAGUGGAUCCUUCCUACAAUGCUUCAGGCAUAUGCGGAUUAUGAGAGUAACCCAUUGCUCCGUCGAGGGAUUGAAUUCUGUUGCAGGCAGUUUUAUAUCCUCCACCGCAAACCCUUCAUCUUGCAGCUUUUCGCUAGUGUGGCCCCACUUCUGGAGUUCACAACCCGCACUAGUACUGGCCUGUCGAAAGGUGUAUCUUCACAGUGUCUUUUUGACCUGCUGGUAUCUCUGGAGGGAGAGACUGCAGAUUCCCUGGAUGCUCUUGAGCUGGUUAAGGCAGAGAAACCUCUCCGUUCUCUGGAUUUUUGCUAUGGAAAUGAAGAUCUGGCUUUCUCGAUCAGUGAAGCCAUUAAACUGUGUGUCACAGUGGUUGCUUAUGCCCCAGAAUCCUUCCGCAGUCUCCAGAUGCUCAUGGUUCUAGAAGCUUUGGUUCCAUGUUACUUACAGAAGCUGAAGGGUAACACACAGAGUCUAGAGUCUGCGCCUGCAGCUAGGGAUGAGAUCGCUGCCAUAGCCACUCUGGCCACCUCUCUACAGGCUCUGCUUUACAGUGUGGAGGCUCUGACACGACCUAUGACUGCACCUCAGGUGAGUCGAAGUGAUCAAGGCCACAAAGGAGCGACUACAGCCAACCACGCCACAUCUGGGGGAACAAACACCAGGGAUAACUUGCACCUGCUGGAGGAGGGUCAGGGAAUACUGAGGGAGGAACUGGACGAGCGCAUUGCACGCGAAGAGUUCAGACGCCCUCGCGAGUCUCUGCUUAACAUCUGCACAGAGUUCUACAAGCACUGCGGCCCGCGUCUCAAAAUCCUGCAGAACGUGGCAGGAGAACCCAGAGUCACUGCGCUAGAACUGCUGGAUAUCAAGUCUCAUAUGAGACUGGCAGAAAUCGCUCACUCGCUUUUAAAACUGGCACCGUAUGACACACUAACCAUGGAGAGCCGAGGGCUACGGCGGUACGUCACAGAAAUGCUUCCCAUCACUGAUUGGUCAGCAGAGGCCGUUCGUCCCGCCCUCAUCCUCAUUCUGAAGAGACUGGACCGCAUGUUUAACAAGAUUCAUAAGAUGCCCACGCUCAGGCGGCAGGUGGAGUGGGAGGCAGCCAGCAGUCUUAUCGAAGGGAUUUGUAUGACACUUCAUCGACAGCCAAUCAUCUCCUUUCUCCCUCACUUGCGGUCUCUCAUCAAUGUCUGUGUCAACUUGGUGAUGGGAGUGGUGGGGCCCUCUAGUGUGGCAGAUGGACUGCCGUUGUUGCAUCUGAGUCCGUAUCUGUCUCCUCCUCUUCCCUUCAGUGCAGCAGUUGUGCGAUUGGUUGCCAUGCAGAUCCAGGCUUUAAAGGAUGACUUCCCACUCAGUCAUGUGAUCUCACCCUUCACCAAUCAGGAGAGACGGGAGGGGAUGCUGCUUAACCUCUUGAUUCCUUUUGUGUUGACUGUGGGCUCAGGAAGUAAAGACAGCUCUCUUCUAGAGCAGCCGGAGGUGUUUCUACUUCUGCAGACAGUUAUUAACAUCCUGUUACCUCCACGCAUCAUCAGCACCUCUCGCAGUAAGAACUUUGUGCUGGAUGCCUCUCCUGCCCACUGCUCCACCCCAGGAGACACCGGGAAGGACCUGCGGAGGGAAGGACUCGCCGAAUCCACCAGCCAGGCUGCUUACCUUGCUCUGAAGGUGGUCUUAGUGUGCUUUGAGCGACAGUUGGGUAAUCACUGGUACAAGUUGAGUCUGCAGGUCAAGGAAAUGGCCCUGCGUAAAGUUGGUGGCCUGGCUUUCUGGGAUUUCAUCGACUUCAUAGUGCGCACACGGAUUCCAAUCUUUAUUCUGCUGCGUCCCUUCAUUCAGUGCAAGCUGUUGACCCAGCCAGCAGAGUCUCAGGAGGAGAUCACAGCCCGUCAUCACAUCGCAGAGCAGCUGGAGCGUCGUUUCAUCCCACGCUCCCUCUGCAAGAGCUCCUUGUUUGCCGAAUUCAAUAACGAACUUAAAAUCUUGAAAGAGGCCGUGCACAGUGGAUCUGCAUACCAAGGCAAGACGUCCAUCAGUACCGUUGGCACAUCCACCUCGGCAUACAGGUUGAGUCUGGCCACCAUGUCCCGCUCCAACACUGGUACAGGAACGGUUUGGGAGCAGGAGAGCCAACCCUCACGACAGCCCUCGCAAGACACGCUUAGUCGUACCGAUGAAGAAGAAGAGGAAAAUGACUCCAUAAGCAUUCCCAGUGUGGUAAGUGAGCACGAGUCUUUCCUCCCCAGACUCAUUUCCCAGCGGCGCUUCUCCAGUCACGCCACGGGGUCCAUCGCCACUCAGCCUGAGCCAGGCAUGAGCACAAUGUUGCCCAGCCACAGUGAACCCAAUGUGCUAGAUGAAUCCCAGGGGCUUCUGGAGGAGGGUAACCUGUCUAGGGUUGCCAGUGUGCAGAGUGAACCAGGACAGCAAAAUCUGCUCAUCCAACCUCCGCUGGGCCGUAAGAGAGGACUUAGGCAGCUACGGCGCCCCCUGCUGUCCAUACAGAGGGUGCAAGAUGAGUCUGGAGGGCGUCAGGGAGCCAGACUCUCAACAACCAGGAGGAGCAUUCAACCCAAAAACAAACCAAUAGACAGGGCGUUAGCCCAUGGUGACCAAAAGAGGUUUGUCACUUUUACCGAGACCCAGCAGGAAGCGGCUGGUAGAUCACCCUCUGCCACACCCAGCCCUAAUAGUGGCCUGCCAGGUGGCACAGAGGUCGGAAGGCGGAGCCAUGAUGCAGGAGGACAGUCUCCCUUCGCCCGAUCAGACUCCUCAUCACCCAGCAUCAAAACUGCCCAGCACAGCCCAGUGUGGCCACAGGUCUCUCAAUACGAAAGGAAAGAUCAGGGGAGUGUACGAAGCAGUUUGUCUCCCACCCCUUCCGCCACCUCGGGCUCUUCCUCCAGAGCCUGCUCUCCUCUUCCUCCUCCCCUCCCUAUAUUUAGCACCCCAUCCCGACUGGCUCCAACCCAGAUCAGAGAAAGUCCAGAGGACGAGGAGACUUCUGGGCUUCUGCAGAACACCGAGACCACUUCUAGUGUAGAAGAAGAGCAUGGCAUGGAGAACCCCAUCCUGACCUCGCUGUUUUCAACCCACUCUCUCUCCCCGCUUCCACUUUCACCUGUCGAUCUGGAUUUAGAUGAGUCUCAUGUCUGAGAAUGCUUAGGAUGAGGAUUUAACAGCGCAACACUGUACUUAUGUGACAGGAAGUGGAAAAACCUGUGAUUCUGUGCUGUUCUUAUUUAAUGUAAAUCAUACACAGCUGCCAUGGAACAUUUGCAAUGUCUAUGGUAUUUACUAUAGUAUUUAUAAUAUUUAGUAAGUAUUUAUGAAGCACUGUGCAUCGUUUUAUCAGAGGAUGAAAGCUAAAUAUCUCUGUGCCGCAUUAUUCUGUAUUUUCCAAGCUGUCAAAUCAAAUGUUAACGUUAUGAAGAGAUCAGCAAAGUAUUGUGUCAAAGUCAUCUAUUCACUACAGAAACUAAAUGUUGUAUAGAAGUAUUCUAAAUAUUUGUCACCAAAGUAUUUAUUUAGAGGACUAUAUAUAUAUAUAUAUAUAUAUAUAUAUAUAUACUAUGAGAUAUGAGAUAUUUAAAGUAACUAUUAUAAACUUUUUAUUUUCUAAAAAUACAAUGCUUGUGUGUAAUAUUGAUGCCAAAUUUGUCGCCAAAUAUUUGUUGGUCAAGUCCAAUUUACAGACCUCGAAAUGUAUGGAUUAACUUAAACAGAAUUAGAGAAUUGGAUGUUUUUUGUAUUUAGGAUCCACAUUAUCAAACUAUAGCAAUGUCGUAUUUUAGGCCAAAUUAACAUACAUCACAAAAACAGGCAGAGAGGACCACAAUUAUUAUUCCAAGAAUUUUGUUCCGAUUAUGAUUGUUGUUUUUUUGUCCAUCUCAGUUUUGCCUCAUCUGACCCAGUAAAAUACAAUUAAACUGAUACCUCAGAUAAUAUUUCUCUUUGCCAUGUGUUAAGAUUGAAAAGGUUUGGCAGGGUUACUUAAAAAUAGAGCGAUUGUGCGCGUAUGUGCUUUUUUGUGCGCUUGGUGGUUUGUUGUUGUUUGUAAUGUGCUGCUAUCUGUUGGAUUUGUGCAAUAAUAAACUAUUAUGACAAGAAGAGGUCUUGUUGGUCUAUCUUCAGGGGUUUAAUUCAAUAUAAACAAAUUAUUCAAUAUUUUGGCA